GAGUUGGGACUGAGUUAAGGCAGAGGGAAGGUGAGGUGAGAGAGACUCUCUUCCACAAAUACAAAACCAAAAAAAAAAAAGAGAAAAGGAAAAGCUAAACACUGUGCGUUUGUGAGAGAGAGAGAGAGAUUCCGCGUGGUUGUUUUUGCAUCUUCUUCUUCGUACCUCCCCUUCUGAUUGCCCCGCUUCUCUGAAUCCCUUUCUGUUAAUCAUCUGUCUUUCCAAAGAAAGUUCUGAUUUUUCAAGGUUUGUUCUGUUCCCAGAAGCUCAAGAUUACCAUGAAAAUGUUUCCAAGGCAAGCUUAGAAAGAACAGGGCUUUUCCUCGAAAGCCAGGUGUUUUCAGAAUCGAGAUCCAGAAAAUUCCCCCCCCCCCAAAAAAAAAAAAAAAGCAAGCUAAUGUCUUCCCCAUUCUUUUCUCUGUUUGUGAUGUUUCUGCUCAUGUAAUAUCUUCCCCCCUUCGUUCUUUCUUCUGCUGGAUAGGCUUGGAGGGCAAAUUUUUGGUCCCUCAAGGCUGGUUUUUUCCUUUUUACCCCCAUUUUUCUUUGCUCUAUUUCUUCUUGGAAGGAAAAGAGGUUGAAUAUUAAAAACCCCUUUUUCAUCCCCUUCUUUUCGCUCAAUUUUCUCGGGGCCUGUCCCUUAAAUUUUGACAAGAAACAGGUCGGGUUUUCUGCUUUUAUUCCUUUUAGCUUUGAAGGUUUUUCAUAUGGCAGCAGGAAUGGAUUUCUACAACACCAAUCAGUAUCAGGAACCAGAUCCCUUUGGUAACAAUGAAUUAAUGGAAGCUCUCGGCCCUUUUAUGAAGAGCGCUUCCUCCUUGGAAGAAACCCAUCACUUCCCUUCUUCUUCUUCUUCUUCUUCGUAUCUUCCCUCUGGCUCUGACUUCGCUCAACCUUCUGUCCCUUCUUCUUCUUCUUCUUUCUUCUUCUCUUCUGCUGAAUCUGUUCAUCCCUCUUAUCAGACCUUUGAUGGUUACUCCGCGCCAGCGACCCUGCCUUUUUCAAUUGGGUCGUCGGACGCGUCCCAGUCAAUCGGGUCGGGUUACUACUCAUCGUUUCAGUCUCAGGUGACCCCGGCCCAGCACCAGAUCCAGUUCCAGGGCCCAAGCAGCGAGACGACGACGUGGCAGGGCGGCUUCCUGGGCCCGAGGCCCAUGGUGAUGAAGCAGGCGGGCCAGCCCAGCAGCAAGCCCGCCAAGCUCUACCGGGGAGUCAGGCAGCGGCACUGGGGGAAAUGGGUCGCCGAGAUCCGGCUGCCCAAGAACCGGACCCGGCUGUGGCUCGGCACCUUCGACACCGCCGAGGAGGCCGCCCUCGCCUACGACCGUGCCGCCUACAAACUCCGCGGCGACUUCGCCCGUCUCAACUUUCCCAACCUCAAGGCCGCCUCCGCCGGCAACGGAGACUGCGGAUUCGGCGACCUCCGGCCGCUGCACUCCUCGAUCGACGCCAAGCUCGAGGCUGUCUCCCGGAGCAUCGCCGAGAAGGCGAGCAGCGGAGGGAGGAAGUCGUCGAGGAAGGCCGCAUGCAAGGCGGAGGAGGGGGAGGGGGAGGGGGAGGAGGAGGAGAGGUCCCCUUCCCCGGAUAGCGAGGGGUCGGAUGGGUCGCCGCCGGUGUCGGAGGUGACGAUGACGGAACCGCAGUGGGAGUUUGGGUCGGAGAACUUCAGGCUGGAGAAGUACCCGUCGGAGACCGAUUGGGCGGCGAUAUAUUCUUAGGCGCCAACGGAUUGAUCUUGAAUUUAAGUUGGUAGAGAGAGAGAGAGAGAGAGAGAGAGGGCUUAAAUUAAUUGCAGAAAACCUCUCUCAUGAAGGAUGUUCUGUUCAUUCAUGGCCAUGGUGAGCUAGGGUUUUUAUCUGCUCAGCCAUGGGAGAUUUGAAUUUACUUUCCCUUUGUUAUGUAAUUUUGUAUUUUUAUUUUAGUACUAUUGAUAUUAUGUAAUAUCGUAGUUGUCCAUUAUGUCAGUGUAGAGGACUAAUGAAUGUUUGUGACUCGAAUUUUAUCUUAUGCAAUUGAUGAUUGAUAUUCUCUC